GAGGAUCUGCUUAGUUAGGGGAGGCGUAAAGCUGAGAGUAGAGCCCCUCCCAGAAAUAAAACUUUCAAUAUAUUUUUUCAGCGGAGACAAUUAUAACUCGCUAAUAAUUCACCAGCAAAAUGUUCCUCUUCACUUUGGUGUUACUGUUUCUACCGGAAGCUGACACCCUGAAAUGUUAUGAAUGUUUAUCAAGCAGCCCUGGAAUUUGCACUGGGAAAACAACUGAGUGUCCCUCACAGGAUUAUCGUUGUUCAGCAGUAACAACAGAAGUCGCAAUUAAAGAUGGCGUCGUGGUUCCUAUUGUCAACUUCAAAGGUUGCAUGAUGCCUGCACUAUGUGUUGAAAACUCCGUCAACUACGGAACUUACAAAGUGGUGAAAAAUAGCGUCUGCUGCAAUGGAGACCUCUGCAACGCUCAAAUACCUGAGUACAAGUCCACUCCAAAUGGAAAAAGGUGCUUCACGUGUGAGGGAGAAAACUGCAUGAAAACUCUUAAAUGUGAAGGGAAUGAAAACUACUGCGUCACAGCAACAAGAUCCCAAUAUGGAAAAAAUGUGACGCUGAAGGGAUGUGCCUCCAAGUUGAUCUGCUCAGAUCAGCGAGCUUCACGGGUGAAUCAGUUCAGCACAGAACAGAUUAGCUGCUGCCAGGGCGACUACUGCAACAGCGCCAGUAGAGCCAGUACCUACCUGCUGCUCCUGUUGGUGCCUCUGUUGUUUUCUAACUUAUCUUCUUAGCUCAUAGAAAUAACCGAAUUACUGCCAAGUUUAAACUUGUAUGCAUAAUUAAUUUAAUAAAACAGCUUUUUUUCUUCGAGCUGAUUUUCUAUAAAUGUUGGAAGGUGAG